GGCCCAUCCCUGGCCCCGCCUCGCCGCGCCGCGCCGCUCGCCGCCGGGCUAUCACUGACGUGUCUCUCGGCGGAGGAUACGCGCUCCGGAGCUAGCAGCUUCGCCUCACUCGAAGUGGAGCGCAGUCGGAGCAGGGCGUGGAGUUGGAUCAUCCGCCGCCAUGGCGAUCAAAUUUCUGGAAGUCAUCAAGCCAUUCUGUGUCAUCUUGCCGGAAAUUCAGAAGCCAGAGAGAAAGAUUCAGUUUAAGGAGAAAGUGUUAUGGACAGCCAUCACCCUCUUCAUCUUCCUAGUGUGCUGCCAGAUUCCCCUGUUUGGCAUCAUGUCUUCAGACUCAGCCGACCCUUUCUACUGGAUGCGAGUGAUUCUAGCCUCUAACAGAGGAACCUUGAUGGAACUGGGCAUCUCUCCUAUUGUCACCUCUGGCCUUAUCAUGCAGCUCUUAGCUGGUGCCAAGAUAAUUGAAGUUGGGGACACUCCAAAAGACCGAGCUCUCUUCAACGGAGCCCAGAAGUUGUUUGGGAUGAUCAUUACCAUCGGCCAGUCCAUUGUGUACGUGAUGACGGGCAUGUACGGGGACCCUUCGGAGAUGGGGGCUGGAAUCUGCUUGCUGAUCACCAUUCAGCUCUUUGUUGCUGGCUUAAUUGUCCUGCUUUUGGAUGAACUCCUGCAGAAAGGGUACGGCUUGGGCUCCGGCAUCUCGCUCUUCAUUGCCACCAAUAUCUGUGAGACCAUCGUGUGGAAGGCAUUCAGCCCCACCACUGUCAACACGGGCCGAGGAAUGGAAUUUGAAGGCGCCAUCAUUGCGUUGUUCCACCUGCUGGCCACCCGCACAGACAAGGUCCGAGCCCUUCGAGAGGCAUUCUACCGCCAGAAUCUCCCCAACCUCAUGAACCUGAUUGCCACCAUCUUCGUCUUCGCCGUUGUCAUCUAUUUCCAGGGUUUCCGAGUGGACCUUCCAAUCAAGUCGGCGCGUUACCGAGGCCAGUACAACACCUAUCCCAUCAAGCUUUUCUACACCUCGAACAUUCCCAUCAUCCUGCAGUCCGCUCUGGUGUCCAACCUGUAUGUCAUCUCCCAGAUGCUGUCAGCACGCUUCAGUGGCAACCUGCUGGUUAGCCUACUAGGCACCUGGUCGGACACGUCAUCUGGGGGCCCCGCCCGUGCUUAUCCCGUUGGGGGCCUGUGUUACUACCUCUCUCCUCCGGAGUCAUUCGGCUCAGUGCUGGAGGACCCUGUCCAUGCGGUCGUGUACAUCGUGUUCAUGCUGGGCUCCUGCGCGUUCUUUUCCAAAACAUGGAUCGAAGUCUCGGGCUCUUCUGCCAAAGAUGUCGCAAAGCAGCUGAAGGAGCAGCAGAUGGUGAUGAGGGGCCACAGGGAAACCUCCAUGGUACAUGAGCUCAACCGGUACAUCCCCACGGCCGCAGCCUUCGGUGGGCUGUGCAUCGGGGCCCUGUCAGUCCUGGCUGACUUCCUGGGUGCUAUAGGCUCAGGGACCGGGAUCCUGCUGGCGGUCACCAUCAUCUACCAGUACUUCGAGAUCUUCGUCAAGGAGCAGAGCGAGGUGGGCAGCAUGGGAGCCCUUCUCUUCUGAGCCUGUGUGCCCAUGGACCAGGGUGAGGGCACAGGCUCCAGAACUGCCCAGGAAGGGUGCUCUGACCACUGGAGCACGCUACUGUGGCUUAGGGAC